UGCUGAACCGGCGUUCCUCGAGCUUGCCAUGAAGAUCCGCGCCGCCUCGCUCGUCCUCGUCUCUCUCUACGCCUGUGUCGAUGGCCGGGCCAUCCUCAAGCGGGACGGUGGACCGAAUGACCCACCCAGUGGCUAUCCCCAAAUGGUUUAUUCGACCCCAACCGCCUCGGCUGUCUGGUCGUCCUCGUCGUCCAGCUGGUGGCAGCCCAGCGCCUCGGCCACCCCGGCAUACUCGUACCCCGCUUCUGCUUCGUCCGUCGUCCCCGUUGCCACAUCGCCCUCGUCUUCGUGGGCUCCUUCGGCCGCUCCCACGACAUGGUCCCCUCCGGCUUACAGCACACCGCAGCCCUCCGCAACCCCUCAGUACUCAGCGCAGUCCUGGGGUCCAACUCCCACCCCAUCGAAUGCCCCCUGGCCAUCUCCGUCUGCGACUGAGAGCUAUCAGCCUUGGCCAUCUCCGUCUGCGACUGAAAGCUACCAGCCUUGGCCGUCUCCUUCUGUAACCGAGAGCUACCAGCCUUGGCCCCAGUCCUCGGCAGCGCCAGUCCCCACUCAGACUCCUACCACAACCUGGGGUUGUGGCCCAUAUGGAUGCCCCGAGUCUUCAGCUGCUCCCGUCGCCACCCAGACCCCCACCACGACCUGGGGCUGCGGUCCGUACGGAUGCCCCGAGUCCUCGGUUGCCCCCAUUGCCACCCAGACUCCCACGACCACCACAACCUGGGGUGCCACCUCGGCCGUCCAGCCGGCUGCCAUCACCACUCUGACGGUCACCGUGCAGGUUCCCACAACGACCACAAAGUACCAAACCAUCACCGAUACUCGCACCCUGACCCAGACCGAGACCAAGACUCAGACCGAGACCAAGACCUCGCUUAUGACCACCACCAAGGUCUGGAUUCGCACCGAAACGGCCACCGAGACUCGCCAGGUCACCACCACCGCGACGGCGACCAAGACCCAGGUGCUCACCUCUACCCUGACCUCGGUCAAGACCUGGUUCCGGACCUUUACCUCCACUGCCACCCAAACCGUCGUCAGCACCUCGACCCUUCCCGUCACCCAGUUCCGAACCCGCACCGAGACUCAAACCAGCACCGUCACCAAAGUCGAUGUGCGCACCUGCACCGAGACUGAGACCGAGACCAAGACUCAGACCCAGCUCCGAACCAUCACCCGCACCAUGGUCUCGACCGUCCAGGCUGUCCCGGCCACCAUCACAAACACCUGGACAGAAACCGCCACGGUGACCGUCUGCCCUUCGUCUCGUGCCAAUGUCGAUGCUACCGGUGUGCCUCGCGCCCGUUGCCCUGCAGCUGCACCCACCUCGACCUGGGGACAAGCUCCUACCGUCACUCCCUCGCCAACCUCGACCUGGGGAUACGGUCCCGCAGCCACUCCAACCCCAAGCACCACUUGGGCCAAUAGCCAAGCCCCCACCGCGACCCCUACUGCGACCUACUACCCCACCGUGUACACCAACUACCUGGCGGGUAGCGUCACCUCGACGUCCACUUCGACCGCGACCGGAUAUUAUGGCAACUACCAGGCUUACCAGAACGACUUUGCCAGCGGCCACGAGAGCUACGACAACGUCAACAGCGACACUGGCAGCUACGACAACUUUGAUGCCAACGGUUACGAUACCUACGACAACAACGGCGACAACUUCAACAACAACAACAACAACAACAACAACAAUGGCGACACCUUCAACAGCUACAGCAACAACGGCGACAACUUUGACAACAACAACUUUGGCGACGACAACAGUGGCUACACUCCCGACAACUCUGGUUACUAUCUGGACAACUCGAGCCAGUAAACCGAGUCAGGUACUCCAGUACAGGCUCGCAGUUUAUUAAAGAGUUUUACACUCUCCCUCUUUCUCUCGCUUUCUCUCGCGCAUGUCAUGCAACUUCCAUAUGCGCAUGUCUUUGUCAACCUCUGUGGUCCUGGUUCCCGAGCCCACCUCUGCGCUUUACAGUCUUGCACCAUUCUCGCACCUCCGCCUCCAUCUUCUUGCUCCAGUUCUCUCCUUACUCGGACUUCUUCCUCCUCCGCUGUGAUUUUGCCCAUUUUUUAGUAAUAUUUGUCUAUAAACGUUUACAAACGAACGAGAGAGGGGCGGGGGGACGAACAUCUUGUUCUUGAGGCCAGAAUGGGGCCACAUCCCUGUCUGGACCCUGAAUACAUAUUCUCAUCCACCAUCCA